AUGGAUAACAACAUGGAAAUCGAUACCGCCCGCUCACCUGAGCCUCACCGUCUUUCCCCUACCAGUGAUCCUGGCUCCAUACCCACCCUGGAUGGCUGGAUUGAAAGCCUGAUGACGUGCAAGCAACUGGCGGAGGAAGAUGUGCGACGGCUGUGCGAUCGGGCCAGAGAAGUACUGCAAGAGGAAUCAAAUGUGCAGCCAGUGAAAUGCCCCGUCACGGUCUGCGGUGACAUACAUGGCCAGUUCCACGACCUCAUGGAACUAUUCCGUAUCGGUGGUCCUAAUCCAGACACAAACUACCUCUUCAUGGGUGACUACGUUGAUCGUGGAUACUACUCCGUGGAGACUGUGACUCUCCUGGUCUGCCUCAAGAUUCGCUACCCCCAACGCAUUACGAUCCUGCGUGGCAAUCACGAGUCUCGUCAGAUCACUCAAGUUUAUGGAUUUUACGACGAGUGUCUGCGCAAAUACGGCAACGCCAACGUGUGGAAAUACUUCACCGAUCUCUUCGACUACCUCCCCCUUACCGCUCUCAUCGAAAACCAGAUCUUCUGUCUCCACGGUGGUUUGAGUCCCUCCAUUGACACCCUGGAUAAUAUUCGAUCCCUGGACCGCAUCCAAGAAGUUCCCCACGAGGGUCCCAUGUGUGAUCUGCUGUGGAGUGAUCCCGAUGAUCGAUGUGGUUGGGGAAUCUCCCCCCGUGGUGCCGGAUACACCUUCGGGCAGGAUAUCUCCGAAGCAUUCAACCACAACAACGGCUUGACUCUGGUUGCGCGUGCACACCAACUGGUGAUGGAGGGAUACAAUUGGUCGCAGGACCGCAAUGUGGUGACAAUCUUCUCAGCGCCCAAUUACUGCUACCGCUGUGGCAAUCAAGCGGCCAUCAUGGAGAUCGACGAGCAUCUGAAGUACACAUUUCUACAGUUUGACCCCUGCCCCCGAGCGGGAGAACCCAUGGUAUCGAGACGCACGCCAGACUACUUCCUGUGA